CCCACCCUGUAUUUAUGUCUAAAUGUGACAAUUAAGAAUUACCAAAAUUCUAGUAAAUAAUAAAUAUUUUUAAAUGAAAUUACAUAAAUGGGUACUCAAGAUUCAGAAGAGUUUAAAAAUGCUUUAAAAGAUAUUGCCUCUCAUGCACAUCAAUUAGAUAGUCCAUUUGAUAGGGUAAGAUGUGUAGAAUGGUGUAGAAAAUUGGCUGGUUUAUCUGAUGAUGACCUAGAAUCUGCCAGAUUAAAAAAUGAAUAUAUACAGUUCUUAAGAAUACAAGUAAGGCAUAAAUUUUUACAUGGUCCUUUUAUAACGCCUCCACCAGAUGAAAAUUUAUGCAGUUUGCCAGAAUGUCUUGGAAACCUCAUGGUGAAACAGAUUCCGUAUCUUCCAAGAGUAGGGCCAAUAUCUCCAAUUUUAUAUCAUAAAUCACCAGAUGGAAGGGCAUACAUUUCUACCAAGCAAAUACCAGGGAGAGGUAUAUUUUGUUACAUGGCAGUUAGUCCAGAUGGUUUAAGAUGUGCUAUAAAAUAAUAACAAAUGUUGAAC